AUGCUGUCCAGUCUGGUGUCUGUCUUCUGGCUCAGCGUCAUCUUUGCGGUGCUUCCUCGAGGCACAGAGGCCACCCAAGAUGCAAUGCCAAUGCAGUCUCUCUGGAGCAUUUCCUGCAUGAUAACAGAGCCAAUAGUCAUGCCAAUUCCAAGUUCGGCCUUUCCACCGGACAGCUCAGAAAUUGCAAGAACCACGGAGGGAAGCCAAAAUGCGCCUGCGCCCGAUCGAGAUUCGACUUCAACAUACAAUUCAUAUAAUUCAUGGAACAGUCUAAACACUAUCAUUCCUGCGCAACCAUCCGGGACGCCAAAGUCAGCUCCAACCUAUUCAUGGAACAGUGCCAGCAUCGGAAACAACCUGGCCUCACCCUCCUCGUCGAUGGCUUCUUCGAAGGCAGCAAUAUUGCCAAAGACGACCGGACGCAAUUCGUCAAGCCCGGCGACGCAACCAGUCCCUUCCAGCAGAACACCAGGCCAGAUGAAAGGAACCGCUGUCUCCAGCCCAGACACAAGUGAACUGGUCUCUCCCAGCAGGACGCCAGCUGGACAGGUCUCCUAUUCCGGUAUACCAAGUCGCCCAAUCCCAAAGCAGACGACUUCAGGUUCACCUACAGCCGGAUCAGUCUCAUAUACCAAGACAGCUUCAAUGGUUGCUGCCAACGGAGGUUCAAGCAGUCCAACUACUCCUGCCGGCUCCAGCAGACGAAUCUCUCCCAGCACGACAUCAGGCGACACAAUGGCAGGAUACAGCUCUUCAAGCCCGUCGACUGGUCAACUUGCUUCUCAUAACACAACCUUGGAAAGCGUUUCAAAGGUUACUCCCCACCAAGUACACGACACAAGCAGUCCAGCCAGCGUUACGCUAAGCAAAACAAUAACCGCAUACACGUCCAGCACACCCACCGGUCAACUGGCUUCUUAUAACAGCAACUUGGGAACUGGCCUAACUGCUACUCCCCAAGCAGAGCAGACAGGUUCCAGCAGUCCGAUGACUACAGCACCAGGCGCAAUCAACUUCGCCCCGAUAAUCAGCACUGUCACGUCCGUGGAGGGCCAGGCCACCAAGCUGGUCCCGGUGUUUAUCGGGGGCGCCAUCACCAGCCCCGUGCCCCUGCUCUCUGUAGUGACUACCACCAUCGAUCCAACAGGCAGCCAGGCACAGGCGACUGUCAGCGCAUUCUCUGCCCAGGCGGUAGGGAUUCUCCCACUGAUCAAAUCGUGGGCGAAUAAUCCUCAGCCUUCAGCGGCAUCUGCUGCCCUGGGCGGCAUCGCAGGAGCCAUGCCGAUGGCAGCAGGCAUCAUAGCCAGCCUUGGGGGUGGAUCUGGCGGGGGAUCUGGUGGAGGAUCUGGUAGAUCGAGUUCCAAUCCUUGCGGUGGUAGCAAGGGUUUGCUCGGCGCGAUUAUCGACACCGUCCGCUGCGUCGCCAACGACCUGGGAUCGAUCGGAUCGGCCAUCUCAGGGGCUGUGAAUGCGGGAGCAAGCGCCGUGCAAGCUGCUGUGAAGAGCGUCAGCUCUACCCUCGAGGAUGUCCAACCCCGCUUGGAUUCGCUAGUUGGGAAUAUUCCUGAUUCCGACAAUAAUCCCAAUGAUCCCAGUCAUAACGGUGAUCAAUCCAAGAAUGGAGACGGUCCGACAGACGAAGCAACUCAAUCUGCCCAGACUACUUCCUCGACCUCAUUGAGCUCAUCAACCGGCUCUUGUCCUGCUCCUACAGGUACCCAGAGUGUCGAUGGCUGUGGCGCUGCUUCAACCAGACAGAGGUGCUCUGCAAGCUGUAGUACAUGCUCCGACGACCUGACUCCUCCUCCCGGUCCCCUACCCUCCUGCCAGGGGUGUUCAAAAGACUCCUCGGGGGUCGACGGCCUUCCACCAGCGAAUUCUGCGCAGACUACUGCAAGAGGCGCGGCAUCAGCAUUGGCUGUCCCACUGACAAAUACUAGAAAAAAUCUCGGUAUCGUCGGCCUCCAGGGCUGCACGUCCAUCAUCGUCAUGUCACAGCAAGGGGUUUGGUUCGCCCAUUUCUGGGAAGAUCCAUCCUUCGAGAAGAGAAACGACCAGGGUCGGUAUGUAUUCGAUCAGGAGCAAUUCAACACGGAUGUCUUGGACGUGAUAGAGAAUGGCUUGAACGUUAACCUGCCUCCAUACUCUUUCCCGGGACUUGGACAAUAUCUGGGGCAAUGGUUCCGCCCUGAAUACGAACCCCAAGGGAUCGUUAUCACGCCCAGGAAAUGGGCGGCAGACUACGAACAAGGACAACUCCAAUACCCAGAGCAGAUCAGUCAGAUCAAGAACAAGCUCAAGCAACUGCUCCCCGGGUCUCCUAUCCAAGUGAUCGAUUACUUAAUUCGCCGUUGGCAUCCCUUAAUCACUGACCCCAACAAUCUACAGAGCUAUUCGUGGGCCCUAGGGAAGGUUCUCUUCCAGUAUGACCCGGAGGAGGUGUAUAAGAUAUAUUACGACGGGCCGUACCAUCUCCGUCACUGUCUGUUUCAACAAGCCGCCAUGCAGGUCUGGGUUGCCGAUGGGCAAUUGCCCGUGGCUCGUGCUCUUUGGGACGCGCAUCCAAAUCAGCUUGUGACACGGCCCUGGAGGAGAGACGGCGGUAAUUCCUCGUGCCCGAUAUCAUAUAAUAGCAGUGCAUCCAGCACUACAGCAGAGAAGACAACGUUCGAAACCCAGACCAGCACCAGCUCGACCGCUCCUCCGCCGACCACGACCUCAGCUGCCCCCGAGUACAACCCAGGGAAAUGCGCGAUCCACAUCUUUGAAUAUUCCUGGGCACCAAACCAGCCCCUGGCAGGCUCCAUCACGAUCCACGACGCGAAGAACGUCCUACUGAAGCAACAGAACUUCAGCUACAUCAACUGGGGGGACACAGUGACGGUGUCCAAGGCGGACACCAAGCUCCCGUACAACGUCCAGGUGGAGUUUUCCAAGGAGAGCCCCCCGACAAAGAAGAAGAAAAGCGAUGGUUCUUCUCCGGUCUGCUGCGUUGCCUCCUCUUCGGGCGCGGGCAACCCACCCCCCUCCCCCUCCCCCUCCUCCUCCUCCUCCUACGCAGACGAACGAUCCAAAGACGUCCUGGUUGAACUGGGCUGGAAUUUGUAUGCAAAUAACCGAAACACGGAUUGCUACUGGGAGUGUUAG